AUGUCACUUCCAAAGACCUACCUGAUCACGGGUGCCAACCGCGGUAUUGGCAGAGCACUCGUCUCUAAACUUCUUCUUCGAACCGGCGUCACAGUCGUGGCCACUGCCAGAGACGUCUCAAAGGCGUCCUCCCUGAACGACCUACCCAAAGGAGAGGGCAGCAGGCUGAUCUUGGCCAAGCUUGACUCUCAGGUGGAUACAGACGCCGCAGAUCUUGUCUCACAGCUUCGGGGCAAAUAUGGCGUUUUAUCUCUGGAUGUAGUCAUUGCCAAUGCUGGUAUUGCGCACUCCGGAAGCACGGUCUUCAAUACGACCCCUGAAGCACUUCGCGACCAUGUCAACACAAAUACCAUUGGCCCCAUCACUCUCUUCCAAGCCACCUACCCCUUCCUCAAGGCCAGCAGCACUGGAAACCCCAUUUUCCUUGGCAUAACCACCCUCUUCGGGAGCAUCGGCGGUCAAGACUAUCUCACUAGUGUCCCACCGAUCAUGAGCCCUUAUGGCGCGAGCAAGACAGCUCUCAACUGGCUCAUACAUCGCAUCCAUCGAGAAGAGCCAUGGCUUACCGCCUUUGUUGUACACCCCGGCCUGGUUUUGACCGGCAUGGCAAGCGGACUGCUUUCUCUAGGCGCUGACCCGGCCGCUUUUGGGGCCAUCGACGUCGACACGAGCGUGGUCGGGCUGUUGAAGCUGGUCAAUUCUGCGAGCCGAAAUGAGCACGGAGGGACUUUCCAGAACGUGGAUGGGACUGUGCUACCGUGGUAG